UCAGUCAUUCUUACCAUGCGGCUCUUGAUUUCUUGGUGCUCUUGCUCGGUCAUCUUCUGCCUACUUCAGGCAAGUCAUAGGGCCAGCGGUGUAGCUUACAAUAUUACUCCAUCGGAGCCGCUCUUUCCGAACCAAACUCUCGUCUCCUCUGGCAAUAUAUUCGAGCUUGGGUUCUUCACGCCACGCGGGUCAGAAAAUCAGUAUGUUGGCAUAUGGUACAAGAACUUGACGCCUUCUAAGAUCCUGUGGGUGGCCAAUAGGGAGCGGCCACUUGUGUACACAGAUUGGUCUGCAAAACUAACGAUAGACAGUGAUGGGAAUUUGAAGCUCAUGGAUGGACAAGAAAAUAUAGUUUGGUCUACCAAUGUCUCUAGUCCGUCCAGUUAUACAUUGGCGGCGCUAUUAGAUAGUGGGAAUUUUGUUCUGCAAGAUGGAAAUUAUAGCGAAAUAUGGGGAAGCUUCGAGGAUCCGACGGACACUCUUCUUCCAACAAUGAAGAUAGGAGUAAAUGUCAGGACUGGAGUGAAAAAGUCUUUAAUUUCCUGGAGAAGCGACAGUGAUCCAUUCCCUGGAAGUUUCUCGACUGGAGUGACAUCCGAGACGCCACCUCAAGCUUUCACUUGGAAUGGUUCGACCCCUUACUGGAGAAGCGGGCAAUGGGACAAAUCGAAAUUUAUCGGCAUAUCAACCAUGGACCAAUCAUACUCGAGUGGCUUCACUGUCCAGCAGGAUACUCAACAGGGAACCACUUACUUUUCAAUGAAUAGAUACAAUUUCUUUGGAUACAUGUUCAUUUCUCCCGGAGGAUCUCUCAAGAUAAUGUAUUGGGAUGAUGGAGCUGAGGUUUGGUUGAUGGAUUGGGCAGCACCGAACAAUACUUGCGAGAUUUAUAGAACUUGCGGUCCAUUUGGAGUUUGUAACUCAUUGAAUUCGCCUAUUGGCAGAUGCAUAGAUGGGUUUGUGCCAAAGUCAAAUGAAGAAUGGAACAGUGGAAACUGGACCAGAGGAUGUGAAAGAGAGAUGGAAUUGAAUUGCCAGAAAAACACAAGCACAUCGACUUCUACAAAUGUAAAGAAAGAUGCAUUUUGGCAAAUGAGCCAGAUGAAACUACCCGACUCUGGGAACUAUAUAUCAGACAUUGGAGAUGAAGAAGAAUGUGAAAGCUGGUGCCGGAGCAAUUGUUCUUGCUUGGCUUAUUCUUACGUCAGCACCAUUGGAUUCAUGGUUUGGAGUAAAGACCUCAUUGAUCUUCAGGAAUUUCCCACAGAUGGGGAAGAUCUAUUUGUUCGAGUUGCACAUGUAAAAGCAGGAGGAUCGCGACACAAAGCAGUUAUCAUCAGCCUAAGUACUAUUGCAGGGAUUAUGUUCUUUGCAGUAUUUGUUUUUGUUCUUUGCAAAUGGAGAGCUAACAAAACAGGUACUAUUGAAAAGCUAUAUCAGUGUUGUCAGAGGAUUGUGCACGCUAUGAAAAAAGUAAGCUAA